UGCUCUCAGAGCUGCUAGAGAGAAUCUCUUGAAGCUUCUUGCUGCGUUCCUUAGAAGAGACAUGGCACAAACUGGACUUAUGAUUUUUCUACUUAUAAGCAUGCUACUGCUGGAUCAGACCAUCAGCCAGACUUCCAAAUUCAAAGCCAGGAAGCACAGUAAACGCAGAGUGAAAGAAAAAGAUGACCUAAAGACCCAGAUUGACAAGUUGUGGCGAGAAGUAAAUGCUUUGAAAGAAAUGCAAGCACUUCAGACAGUCUGUCUUCGUGGGACAAAGGCCCAUAAGAAGUGCUACCUCAUAUCAGAAGGCACCAAACACUUUCAUGAAGCCAAUGAAGACUGCAUAGCCAAGGGAGGGACGCUGGCUAUCCCGAGGAGUAACGAUGAAACAAACACUCUUCGAGAGUAUGGCAAGAAAAGUAUGCCCAGAGUGUCUGAGUUUUGGUUGGGCAUUAACGACCUGGUCAAUGAAGGGAAGUUUGUUGAUGUCAAUGGCAUGGCUCUACAGUACCUCAACUGGGACCGUGCCCAGCCAAACGGGGGGAAGCGUGAGAACUGUGUCUUUCUUUCUCAGUCCUCACAAGGGAAGUGGGUGGAUGAAGUCUGCCGUACUGCCAAAAGGUACAUUUGUGAGUUUCUGAUCCCAUAAUUGCAUAGACAGAUGACCAUGACCAUGUUUUGGGUUAUUAACAUGCAGAUUUGCUUGUUAGUAACCCCUCCCACUUAGAUGGUGGCAAGUUAAAAAUAUCCAUCACCUGCAUUAUACUCACUCUUUCCU